AUGGUUGCCAUCGAUCAUGUCGCUCAAAAAAUACUGACUUACAUCCCGUAUGUUCUUGUUUUGAUCGACAUGAGAUAUGAAGGAGUGAAAUGUGGCCGGGAUGGGAGUGUGGACAAUCAUAUGGAGAUGGGGAAGAAACUGCUCGCUGCUGGCCAGCUAGCCGAUGCCCUCUCUCAUUUCCAUGCUGCUGUGGACGGAGAUCCCAAGAACUACAUGGCCUACUACAGGAGAGCUACAGUGUUUCUAGCAAUGGGGAAGUCAAAGUCUGCACUGCCAGAUCUGAGCAGAGUUAUUGAACUCAAACCAGACUUCACAUCUGCACGCCUUCAGAGAGGAAAUCUCCUUCUGAAGCAGGGGGGACUAGAUGAAGCAGAGAAUGACUUCAAGAAGGUGCUGAAGUCCAACCCAAACGACAAAGAGGAGAGGGAAGCCCAGAGUCAGCUGACAAAGUCGGAUGAAAUUCAGCGACUGGUGGCUCAGGCACGCAUCAGCUUCAGCAGCCAGGAUUAUGUGACAGCUGCUGCCCAGCUCGACACUAUCAUUGAGACGUGCGUUUGGGAUGUGGCCUCUCGUGAGAUGCGAGCGGAGUGUUUUAUACGAAUGGGAGAGAUGGGGAAAGCCAUCAGUGACCUCAAAGCUGCGUCCAAGUUAAAGAGUGACAAUACCCCGGCUUUCUACAAACUCAGCACCAUCUACUAUAAUCUUGGAGACCACGAGAUGUCCCUAAACGAGGUGCGUGAGUGCCUGAAGCUUGAUCCUGAUCACAAACAGUGUUACAGCCAUUACAAGCAGGUCAAGAAGCUCAACAAACAGAUCCAGUCUGCAGAGGAGCUCAUCCAAGAGCAGAGGUAUGAAGAAGCAGUGAGCAAGUACGAGGCGGUGAUGAAGACCGAGCCCAACGUGCACCAUUUCGCUCUCCUUGCCAAAGAGCGCAUGUGCCAUGCGUUGGCACAGGGCCAGCAGCCCAGCAGAGCUAUCUCAGUGUGUGGCGAAGUCCUCCAGUCGGACCCGGAGAACGUUAACGUGCUGAAGGACAGAGCUGAGGCCUAUGUCCAAGAUGAACAGUAUGAGGAAGCUAUUAAGGACUACGAGACUGCUGCAAAGCACAGCGAGAACGACCGUCAGAUAAAAGAAGGCCUGGAGAAAGCUCAGCGACUUCUCAAACAGUCUCACAAGAGGGAUUAUUAUAAGAUCCUGGGAGUGAAGAGAACUGCACAGAAAAAGGAGAUUAUCAAAGCCUACAGGAAACAAGCACAGCAGUGGCAUCCGGACAACUUCCAGGAUCCAGAGGAAAAGAAGAAAGCCGAGAAGAAGUUCAUAGACAUCGCUCAGGCUAAAGAGGUUCUCACUGACCCAGAGAUGAGAACCAAGUUUGACCACGGAGAGGACCCCAUGGAUCCGGAGAGCCAGCAAGGUCACCAUCAUCAGCACUUCCACGGAGGCUACCAGGGCUUCCAGGGUUUCAAUCCAUUCGGCUCUGGACCCUUCAACUUUAAAUUCAACUACAACUGAGGAAGCUCACAUCCAGCACGGCUGGAGCGGAUAUUUUUCUAUUGUCCUCCCUAUUUAAAAGGGAGAUCAUUGGCGGAAGGAAUGUCGGGGAAUGUGGAGCAAAUUGUGACUUUAAUUCAGUGACCUUGAUUAAAUAUGCAUCUUUUGUUGUUGAAUAAUACAACUUUGAAUUCCGUUUUGGGGAAGGUCUGUUGCUAUGCUAACAACUAUCUGCCAUGUGUGAAGCAGCUUUUAUCACGUGUUAAGUGGUUCAUCCUGACACAUCCUUUCCACGUAUUGCACACUUUACAAUUCACAUCCAUUCGUAAGAUUCUAUUUGUACAUAAGUACAGUACUAUUUUUAUAUGAAUGGAGUUUUUCUGAAAUGUAAAUAAAGACCUAUUUAUGUACCUUCAAUUGAACUGAGGGGCCAGACUGUUGCUGUAUGGAAAGGGAAGUGACUUUGUGACAUUCAUGAACUGAAGUUUUGAGAAAUGGGAUUUAGAAAUGCUACUUCUUCUUCAUUACUUCUAACCUUUUCCUAAUUGCAGCCCUCUUAACUGCUUCUCCUCCCCAUAAAUGCAUUUUCUCACACGGUGUAAUGGUUAUGGUGAGGAACAAAUUACAGUCGCAAGAAAAUCCUUUCAUUGUAGACCUUUCAGAGCAUGAAUCACACAUCCACUGGCCACACGAGGGGACAACAGAAGUCACAAACAGAUUUAGUAAUGACGGUUUUGUAGCAAAGAUUUAUUUUUUUUCCACCAGACAGUAAUAUAAACAUUUGUAUUUGACACACAGCACAGUGAAAGAUGGGUGUCUUGGAGAGCAGACUUCCUGCACCCAUUUUUUAUCGACUUUUAAAGACAGCAAAAAAACUACUGUUGGCUUCGGUUGAGCAGCAACACCCAUCUUAUUCCUGAGACAAAAAACACUGGAUCGUUGUGGAAUUCAAAUAUUGAAAAGUGAUUUCUAAAAAUGUAAAGCAGUGACGAUGAAUGUACGUGAGACGUAAACAUACGGAUAUAUUCUACCCAUAAACCACAACAUUUAGUGUGCA